GAAUCAGGCGGGGCCUGUGUGACGCGGCGGGGGGGAAGCUGGCGAGCCGAGCUAGGCCGCCCAGCGUGGCUCUGGCUCCCACUCCGGCUCUGGCUCCCGCUGUCCUCCCCGCGCCGCUCCUGGCUCGGCCUUCUGGCCCGGCCACCAAGGAGGAGGCAGGGACCGGAAGGACAGAGAACUCGCGGAGCGGCCGGGGGAGGGCACGUUCCCAGAGCGGAGGGCAGCGCUCAGUACCGGAGCCGGGGGACCCCAGCUUUGCAUCUGGUUUGCAUAACUUGCUAGUGUGGUCCGGAGGCUGAAAUCCCUCUCGAGCCCCACGGAAAGGAAGACUUCUCGCCCUUCCCCUUCCGAGAUUUCUCUCCCCAGUCUGAGUCUUUCUCCCAAGAACUUCCAGAUACCCCAGUCUCCGCCUCUCUCCCCGUCGGCGCCCCGAACCCCCUGACUACUGCCCGGGGUCCAGGAUGCCGACCCCUUUUCUCCAGGAGACAAUACUCCAAUUCUCUGGAAAGUGGAAGAAACCAAACCGGAGUUGGGGGGCGCUGGGACCCCAGUGGAAAUUUCAGGGGCUGAUCUGGAAGCAGAGGAGUAGCCCUCUAAGUAUUUGGAGUCCCUUGCCCAAGAGCGUCAUGAUACCCUCCCCUCUAAACACCUCUUAGACAAGAUUGCGGGUCUUGGGACUCCAGCUAGGGGAAUGAGAUCCUUGUUUCCCGCCCCCACCCCCGAGGUGGGGUUGGCUAGGCCCGCCCCAUGAUGUCAGCCCCCCUUACACUCACUCCAUCCCCCUCCCCCACCCCCAGUUCCCAGUUUCCUUCCUCCCUCCCCCCCCCCUCCCCGCCCCCCAGCUGGUUGCAUUGAGUUGCCUGGGCUUGGGUUGCGCUGUUCGCAAGAGUUUUGAGAGCUACCAAAGGAACGAUUUCCCCCACCUCCCACAACCCGUGGGCGUCCGACUCCGGGCCGAGAUGCCACUGGGAGUCUAGGAAAGUGCCCCCGGGCUCCAAGCAGGGUGAUAAACAGAACUGGUCCAGUUCUCACUGUGGUCACCUUGGCCAUGGAUCAUGCACCGCCCCUCUUGACUGUGACCUCUGACCCCAGGCUCUUUAAUCAGCAACUGCCAGAGCCUCCUGAACCACAAUGUGUCUUGGAGCCACAGGACAACCCUGAGCUGGUGCCUGCCCUGGCCUGUGCCCUCUGCUGUUUCUUUGGAGUCAUCUACUGCUGCUUUGGCUACCGAUGCUUCAAGGCAGUGAUGUUCCUGUCUGGGCUGCUUUCGGGAGCCCUGGUAAUCUUCUUGCUGUGCCACAAGGAACGGGUGUUGGAGACUCAACUGAGCCUGGAGGUGAGCGCAGGCAUUGCGCUUGGCAUUGGCCUCCUCUGUGGACUGGUCACAAUGCUGGUCCGAAGCGUGGGGCUCUUCCUGACUGGCCUCUUGCUUGGCCUGACCCUGGGGGCAGGUGCCCUACUAGGCACUGAACCCAUCUACCAACCACCCUCAGCCUGGGUGCCAACAGGGGGCCUGGUGGGACUGGCACUUCUAGGUGCCUUACUUACCCUACGCUGGCCCCGACCUUUCACCAUGUUAGGCACAGCCCUGCUGGGGGCAGCCGUACUGGUGGGCUGUGCAGACUACUUCUUGGAGGGGUUGGCAUUAGGAGGGCGUCUGGGCCAGCGGCUUCAGGCGUUGCCUGCCCUACCUCCACUCUGCUGGUACAGCUGGGCCCUGCUGGGUGCCUGGCCUGCCCUGGGGGCACUUGGGGCCCUUGCUCAGUGGAGACUCACAGCUGAGGGACACAGAGGCCAUGAUGAUGGGGUUUUGAGCCAUCGACUGAAGGGCCUCCAGCUGCUUAGGAUCCGCCAGCAGGAGGCCAAGUGGCAGCAGAAUUCUGGGGUAGCAGCCAGUGAGGGAAGCUACCGUCGCCAGCUCCCACCCCGAGCCCGGAGCCCAGCUGACAGCCUGGCACCAAGUUAUCUCCAGAGUCUCCGUGACCGACAGCUGGGGCCAAGCACUAUGGGUACUCCCCAUCAUGCCAUCCUGGACCUAGACUCUGAUUGUGGUUCCACCUCGCCCCUCACCACACCCCCUCGCUCCAACCAAACCUGAGCCUCUGUACAUGUGCAAAACACACACACACACACACACACACACACACACACACACACACACUUGUGCCUUAGACAGAAGGGUCAGAGCUCCAGGUGGGCAAUGCUUGGGCAGAAGAGGUAGAAUUUUCCACUGAUAACCAUAGACAGAAACACACAUUCACUUUUCUCCUCCCCAGCUGUUAGACUGGCUGUGGAAGGGAGAGGGCCUGAAAUGUGGUCUAGCCCAACCCUGAGGGAGAAUGUGCCAGGGUGGAGCUGGGGACAGCUGGAGGGAGAUUGAAGGAGGAAGGGGGUGGAAGAACUGAAUUUUCACCUCUGCUCAAACUACGGAGAUAGCCUUUAUAUUCCUGGAAUUCUCUGUCACCCCUGAAACUCAGCACUACUGCCCAACCAACAUGACCCCAAGCCUGGAAGGACUCUUCUCCCUUCUACAACAUGACCUCCUUUUGUACCACCCACAUCCUGUACCACAAAAUGGGAAAAUGGGGUUAGGAUUUUUGAAGAUCCUACAAAAAAGCAGGGAAUUUCUAAAGACAGAUAUGACUCCUUUCUGGGAAGAAAGGGAAGGAUCUCUUUUGGGUCCCCCUGACUCCUCAUGUCUCAGGUUAAUGAAGGGAAUGGGUUAUGACAGUCAAUAUUCCUUUUUCCCACACACCUCCAGUGCCUGAGCCCCAUUCCUACCUCAUUUGGGAGCUCUGUCCUCCCUGGUGCUUUCCCCUUUCCCUCCUCUCAGGGUUGUGGUGUAUGCUGGGGCAGAGUCCACUCAGACCCCUGCCCCUUGCUGGCUCCUUGUGGUGAAGAGAAGAGGGCAGCUCUGGGGAGAGCUACAGGGGGUAUAAGGGUGGCAGGAUGUUAGACAGACAGAUGCCAGCACCUUCCCUGCCUCUCAGCCCUGUAAGACACUAACAUUCUAACUGCGCCUCCACUCCAGCUGCUAACCCUGGCCUAAUAUCCCCCAGCCCUACUCCAGAGUCCAUAAACUCCCCCCACUGGAGUAAAGGAAUACAAAUGGAUACCAAGGCAGAGGGAGGGGAGAUAUUGAUGGUAUGUAAAUAAAAUGGCUUUGAAAAUUAAA